AUUCGUCGCUAAAAGAAAGGUAACACUACACGUGAGUGACUGAAGUAGUCAGCUGUCCACGCUUGCGAAGCCUCAAAAUGAGCGAGAAAAACAGAAAUAAACUCCCGAAUAAUCUGCCCCAGUUGCAGAAUGUCAUCAAACGGGAUCCAGAAUCAUAUACUGAAGAAUUUCUUCAGCAGUAUCGACACUACCAAUCCAAUGUGCAAGUGUUUCAGCUGAAGCCCUCACAGUACUCCAAGAGUCUGGAAGAACUCACCAUGUUUCUGAGUCAGGUUGCUCACUGUUACCCUGAACACCUAUCAGACUAUCCUCAGCAGCUCAAAGACCUUCUGCAGACCUACAGCACUGUGCUUGAUCCUAACAUGAGGAUGACACUGUGUAAAGGUCUGAUCUUGCUGAGGAAUCGAGGGCUAGUCUCCCCGACCAGUCUCCUUGGGUUGUUCUUUGAGUUGUUCCGUUGCCAGGACAAGGUCCUGCGUAAGAUGCUGUUUGAUCACAUCGUCAAUGACAUCAAACGCACCAAUGCUAAACACAAAGACAACAAGCUCAAUACAACACUACAAAAUUUCAUGUACACGAUGCUGACAGACAACAGCUCAGUGGCAGCCAAGAUGUCUCUAGAUGUGAUGAUAGAACUGUACCAGAAAAAUAUAUGGAAUGAUACCAAGACAGUGAAUGUGAUUGUGACAGCUUGCUUCUCUAAAGUUACCAAGAUCCUGGUCACGGGUUUGAAAUUCUUUCUUGGGUCAGACGAGGAAGGAGAUGAUGAUGAUGACAGUGACAGCGAAUCAGAAGAUGAGGGAACUGUUGCCAAACAUAUCCUCAUUGGGAAGAAGGUGAACAAGACAUCAAAGAAGAGACAGAAGAAAACCAAGAAGGCUCUCACAGUACUCAGGAAGCACAAAAAGAAGCGAAAGAGGAAAGAAGCAUUCAACUUUUCAGCAUUGCAUCUUGUCCAUGAUCCUCAAGACUUUGCCGAGCGUCUUUUCAAGCAGCUGGAGAAGACGACGGAGAGGUUUGAAGUGAAGCUGAUGAUGAUCAACCUCGUCUCACGUUUGGUUGGAAUACAUCAACUCGUCCUCUUCAACUUUUAUCCUUUCCUUCAGAGAUUCAUCCAGCCAUCUCAGAAAGAGGUGACGAAGAUUCUGCUGUACACAGCGCAAGCCACCCAUGAGCUCGUACCACCUGACAUCAUUGAAUCUGUGCUGAGGACUCUAGUCAAUAACUUUGUGACUGAGAGGAACUCAAAUGAAGUCAUGGCAGUUGGGUUGAAUGCAGUGAGGGAGGUUUGUGCCAGAUGUCCCCUUGCAAUGGGUCCAGACCUGCUUCAGGACCUGACUCAGUACAAGAACUACCGUAGCAAGUCCGUCAUGGCCGCAUCAAGAUCUCUCAUCCACCUCUUCAGGAAAACUAACCCAGAGCUUCUCCACAGAAAAGACAAGGGUAAGCCUACAGAGCAGUCCACAGAGGCGAAAGCAAAGGAGUUCGGAGAGCUAGUAGCACCAGACUUCAUCCCCGGGGCAGAGGUGUUAGGUGAAGAGAAAGAGGAAGAUCAGGACGAGGAUAAAGAUGGAUGGGAGACAGCAAGCAAUGAUUCCCAUGACAGCGAAGACAGCUGGCACAACGUGGUUCACUCUUCGGACGAUGAGGGCGACGCAAAGGAGGGAGCGGAGAACCCUGCCACGAACCUCACCAUGGAAGAGAAAGUGACUCGAGCCACGGCCAUCAGUCAAACCAGGAUACUGACCCAAGAAGACUUUCAGGCAAUCCGCACGGAGCAGGUGCGGAAGGAGCUGGCCAAUGCGCCUAAAGCCAAGGCGGGACGCAAGAGGAAGAACGUGGAGAUAAGCAGCGAUAAGAACCAAGGAGGGGAGCUUCUCUCUCUCAACCAGAUUGAAUCCAUUCAUUACAAACCCAAGCAUGACAGAGAAACAAGGAUGGCUACCCUUAUGGCUGGACGCGAAGGACGAGAAAAGUUUGGAAGUAAGAGGCAGAAGAUGAACCCCCAUGCAAGUACUACCAACAAACAGAAGAGAAAGAACAAACCAUUCAUGAUGCUGAAACAGAAAUUUGACAUUAAGUCCAAAUUCAAAAGAUCCUUCAGAGAAAAACAGACUGCUCUGAGAGACUCCCUCUUGAAAAAAUCCAAAAAGGGGAAAUACUGAUGAAUGCGACAACGAGGUUUGAUUGAAGGACACAUGGGAUGACAUUGUGUGCUCCUGAAGCAAUGAACAGUCUCCUCAAAAAUGGAGGAUAUCAAAGGGGGAUAACAAGCGCUGCUUGUAGAAGGUGCAGAGGAUCAUGUUGCAGAUUUCACAAGCUUUGGAAAGCGAAAAAGAAACCCCAAAACUGGAGUCCAAAGUGAAGAAUCCUCCCGUGCUUGUUUCCGUCUUAUGAUAUAAGGAAAUAAAAGCAAAACAAAAACACUCUGCAUUGCUGGAGGAAGAAAUAAUCAUUGCCUUCGUAGCUGGGCUAGAAUACAAGAUGUACAGAUCAGCACAGUCCAUGAGGAACCAUUUUAAAUUCUAUGAAAUACAGAAAGGUCGUCGACAUAUUUAUCUCAUUUAAUUUUUAGCCGGAAGGUUGUUCCAUGAGACGAUUUUGACAGGAGAAAUGCUAAAUACUCCCACACUCGAGCUGGAUGAUAAGACAUUUUGGCAUUGGAGAUCAUGUGGUAACAAACCAUAAUUUGGGAACUAUCGCUUGGCUAAAAAAUAUUUGAAAUGUCACCUACUUUGUAUUUUAAACUCCAAUUAUUUGUUUACCAUUUGUUGAACAUUUUAAACGUUUAUUUGCCAGUCAUACGAGCUAUUGAUGGAGUAAUAAUUUUUAGUAUUCUAUCACAAAUUCUUAUGAUUUGUAUAUACAUGUUAUAUUGAAAUAUAUUCAAUAAAUUAAUUGUAUAAUAUUUUA